AUGUUAACACGCCAAGAACUAGAAAGUGCUUAUGCACAUGGAUUAUUCGGAGAAGAUAUGCUAAUUGGAUUGUCUGACACGGGAAUCGACAUGAAUAUUCGCUAUAAUGCCGAAGAGGAAGAUACCAACCAUCGGAAAAUAGCGCUCUAUAUCCCAUUCAGUAACAACAAAGAAGAUGGCAGUGAUGCUCACGGAACUCACGUCGCUGGAACCCUUGCAGGGAAGGUUGAAGGGGACAAGGAUCUUUCUCCCUAUGACGGAAUUGCCUAUAAGUCGAGAAUCGUUUUCUUUGAUAUUGGAUCGGGGUCCGGAUCAGAAACCACUCUUGAAACCCCUCGUCGAAUCACCUAUUUGAUCGAUGCAAUCUACUCAGCAGGAGCCAAUGUACAUAGUGCGAGUUGGGGAUCCUUCAGCGAAAUCUACAGCUUUGAUACAUCCAGCAUCGAUAACUAUGUAUAUGAACAUCCAGAUUGCUUUCUCGUGUUUGCUGCAGGAAACGAUGGGGAAAAAGGCAUGGGCACAGUCUUCUCUCCCUCCAACGGAAAGAAUGUUCUGAGCGUCGGCGCCGUGUACAACAGUCCUUAUUAUUCCGAUAUUCGCGCCACCUUCUCAUGUCAAGGACCCACUUCCGACAAGCGAAUCAAGCCAGACAUUAUGGCUCCGGGAGUCUCCAUUGACUCUGCAGCAUCGAGCGGGUCGGACAAAUCGAGCUGUCGAAUCGUUUCAAAAACGGGAACGUCCAUGUCGACUCCGAUUGUCGCAGCGACCGCUCUGCUGAUUUCGGAGUAUUUCAAAAAGGGGUUCUACCCUUCCGGGGAGGAAAAUGCGGCUGAUGCAUUCCAUCCAACCGCAGCAACAGUGAAAGCAAUGAUCAUUCAUAGCGGCCAGUCGCUUCGAGGCGAAGGCAAUCCGCUGUUUCCGACCACUUAUUCAGGAUCAGCGCCGGAUAACAAACAGGGAUUUGGAAGGAUGGAUAUUAACAAGGUGCUCUAUUGGAGAAACGAAUCGACCUUCAAUCUGCUCGUUCGAGAAGGAGAAGUAAAUCGGACAUCGUUGCAUCUGCGCUUUUGGACGCUGCCUUCUGUGUACGUGAAAGUGACUCUCGUUUGGACAGAUCCUCCAGUGUCCACGUUCAGCAGCAAUAUUUUGAUCAAUGACCUUGAUUUGUCAAUUGAGCAAAACGGGACUAUCUAUUAUCCAAACAAGUAUACACGUCAUUGA